AAACGCGAGCGCUAUAAACGCACGAUCCUGCGUCCAAUUGCACACACGCACAGAAGCCAAAACGCGCGCUGGUACGCCAAACAAGAGACCUAGCUCACAUCACAGGUGUAACUCCUCUGAACCACAACAGCACGAUGCCUAAAUCGUACAACACAAUACCAACGCACGAGGCCGACGCGCCCAAGCAGACCAAGUCCUUGAAGGGCCUCGUCGCCGGCUCGGCCCUCGCGGCCUUCGCGCUCGGCGUAUUAGCCGUGACGGCGGUGCGCGCGCCCGCCGCCACGCCCCUUGACGAGCAGAGCGUCGGCGAACUCGUGCUGAACAAUUGCCCGAUGAAGACCAUCGAACCUUGGGCCACGUCUUCCGGCCAUUACGGCGCAGCCGAUCCGUCGUACAUCACCCAGGAUUGCACGAAAGUCAAGUGGGACGACGACGGGGCGAUGGGACAAGGCUGGUACUGCCAAGGCCUCUCCGACAAAAAGAUCAUCUUAAACACCGAAGGAUACAGAUUCAAAGCGAGUGACAACGACGUUCCCUACGCCGCCUCGUGCAUCCACUUCGACUGUGAGGCCGGCGCCGGCUACAACGACCAGUUGGAGAUGUGGCAGUGCAACGAUGACUUUUGAACCAAGAUGGCUAGGACGCCGCCCCCGACCCCCCAUCCCCUCCCGCCCCUCCUCGUAAGUACUUCGGUGCACAACAAA